UUUCUUAUCCUGCACCCCGGACCGCUCACUGGCUGAAUUCUCGCGAGAACGGUAUCUUAACGUUUUGACCUGUAGAGGUCCUCACUUUUCGUCAUGGCGCUGAAGGUGGCGAUAGCUGCUGGCGGUGCUGUAAAGGCAGUGUUCAGGCCAGCUCUCCUCUGCCGUCCUUGGGAGGUUCUAGGUGCCAAUGAGGCCCCCCGGAGGAGCAUUUCCUCACAACAAACAAUUCCUCCAUCUGCUAAGUAUGGUGGGCGGCAUACAGUCACCAUGAUCCCAGGGGAUGGCAUCGGCCCGGAGCUCAUGUUACAUGUUAAAUCCGUAUUCAGACAUGCGUGUGUGCCAGUGGACUUUGAAGAGGUGCAUGUGAGCUCUAACGCUGAUGAGGAGGAUAUCCGAAAUGCCAUCAUGGCCAUUCGCCGGAACCGUGUGGCCCUGAAGGGCAACAUCGAAACAAAUCAUAACCUGCCACCAUCUCACAAAUCCCGAAACAACAUCCUUCGCACCAGCCUAGAUCUCUAUGCCAAUGUCAUCCACUGUAAGAGCCUGCCAGGAGUGGUGACCCGGCACAAAGACAUAGACAUCCUCAUUGUGCGGGAAAACACAGAGGGAGAGUACAGCAGCCUGGAGCAUGAGAGUGUAGCAGGAGUGGUGGAGAGCCUGAAGAUUAUCACCAAGGCCAAGUCCCUGCGCAUUGCUGAAUACGCUUUCAAGCUGGCCCAGGAGAGUGGGCGUAAGAAAGUAACGGCUGUGCACAAGGCCAACAUCAUGAAACUGGGUGAUGGACUCUUCCUCCAGUGCUGCAGGGAGGUGGCAGCCCGCUACCCACAGAUCACCUUUGACAGCAUGAUUGUGGACAACACAACAAUGCAGCUAGUAUCCAGGCCUCAGCAGUUUGAUGUCAUGGUGAUGCCUAAUCUCUAUGGAAACAUCGUCAACAAUGUAUGUGCAGGGCUAGUUGGAGGCCCGGGCCUUGUGGCUGGAGCCAAUUAUGGCCAUGUGUAUGCAGUAUUUGAGACAGCUACAAGGAACACAGGCAAAAGUAUUGCCAAUAAGAACAUUGCUAACCCCACUGCCACACUGCUAGCAAGUUGCAUGAUGCUAGACCACCUCAAGCUCCACUCAUAUGCCACCUCCAUCCGCAAAGCUGUCUUAGCAUCCAUGGACAAUGAAAAUAUGCACACUCCAGACAUUGGAGGCCAAGGUACCACAUCUCAAGCCAUCCAGGACAUUAUUCGUCACAUCCGCAUCAUUAACGGCCGGGCUGUGGAAGCUUAACUAUCCUUACAUUUAUUUCAGCCUGUCCAUAGGACCCCCUUCUCACUCUAGCACUCCUCCUAGCUUGGUGGGUGGGCUCCAGAAUAAAGCCACUUCUGCCCUAGAA